UGCUCCAUCUCGUUCGGUCGCUGACGUUCCCCUCGCGCGCGCUCGCUCGCUCGCAAUCGCUCCUCGCUUGUCUGUUUUUUGAGAAAAUGGCUGCCGUACGCCGCGCUCGCAGUGACUCCCGCUGCGUAGUCCGCUUCUCUGACCGAGAACUCUGCUAAUUUUUUUUCUAUCCCUGUCUUGGUAACCCGCUCGAGAGGGAGGUGAAUAAAGAGUCCGGAAAAAAAGAGGGAGACAGAGAGACCCGACGGGCCGUUGAGAGGCGGCGGCAACAACAACCUUCAACCAACCGGGACAAGGCCGCCCCCCCGAGUUCGAAAACGGCCACAGCGCUGCCGUUUGGCGACGGUUGGACGGACGGCCUGGCUGCCUCAGCCGCGGCCUCAGCAUGGCAGAAGGAGAAGAAGAUUCUUGCUCUGACAUAGUAAAGGAGGAUGACAAUGAUAUUUCUGGUGAAGCAAAUCUUGAGGCAGAGCUUCAGAUGUUCAGAGCCCAGUGGAUGUUUGAACUUACCCCAGGGGGGAGCCCUACAGGUCUGGAAACUCGAUCCUGCAGAACAAGAGGGUCUUUAUUAAAGACCAUAGAUACCAAAGGGAAACUCGAACUUGCAAAAGAGGAAAAGGCAAGAGAACUGUUUCUGAAGGCAGUGGAACAAGAGCAAAAUGGAGCUCUUUAUGAAGCUAUUAAAUUUUAUCGUCUGGCUAUGCAAUUGGUCCCAGAUAUUGAGUUUAAAAUUACUUAUACCAGAUCUCCAGAAGGCGACAGUAUUGGGAAAAGCUACAUUGAAGAUAAUGAAGAUGAUAGCAAAAUGGCUGACCUUCUCUCUUACUUUCAACAACUCACUCUUCAGGAAUCAUCCAUCAAACUAUGUCAGCCUGAGCUUAAUCUGAGUCAGACUCACAUCUCAGUGUUGCCUAUGGAGCUGUUAAUGUAUAUUUUUCGAUGGGUAGUUUCCAGUGAUCUGGACCUGAGAUCUUUAGAACAGUUAUCACUGGUCUGCAGAGGUUUUUACAUUUGUGCCAGGGACCCUGAAAUCUGGCGCCAGGCUUGUUUGAAGGUUUGGGGCAGGACAUGUAAUAAAAUGGUUCCUUAUACCUCGUGGAGAGAAAUGUUUGUGAAAAGACCUAGAGUUCGAUUUGAUGGGGUGUAUAUCAGCAAGACAACAUACAUUCGUCAAGGAGAACAAUCUCUUGAUGGUUUCUAUCGGGCAUGGCACCAAGUGGACUACUACAGGUACCUGAGGUUUUUCCCAGAUGGCCAGGUAAUGAUGUUAACAACUCCAGAAGAACCUCAGUCUAUUGUUCCUCGAUUACGGACUAAAAACACAAGAACUGAUGCAAUCCUGCUUGGACAUUAUCGCCUUUCCCAGGAUACAGACAAUCAAACCAAAGUAUUUUCUGUAAUGACAAAGAAGAAGGAAGAGAAACCAAUUGACUAUCACAAGUUCAGAUAUUUCUGUCGUGUCCCUGUGCAAGAAACUGAUCACAGUUUUCAUGUAGGGUUACAGCUGAAUUCCAGUGGCCGUCAGAAAUUUAAUAAACUCAUUUGGAUUCAUCAUUCUUGCCACAUAACUUACAAGUCUACUGGUGAGAUAGUAGUCUCUUCUUUUGACAUUGACAAGAUGUACACCCCUUUGUUCUUUGCACGCGUGAAGAGCUUUACUGCAAUUUCAGAAAGGCCUCUCUAAGAAGCUUAUAUUUCUUGCAUGAAAGAAAUUACAGCAAAAAACAUUUAAGUUAUAAAUGUGUGUGUGUG